AUUUUUUUAUUCCUAUUUCAAUUAUUCAAGAUCUCGCUUUUAGUGUUAUUUUAGUUUUAAUAUUUCUUAUAUAUUUGGACGAUGAACUUUCUAAAAAGAACAAAACUAUGAAAUCGAAAACUAAACCAAUUAGUACAUCAAUUUCGACAACAGACAUCAAUACUAAACCUAUUUUGACAAAUAUUUUAUCAGAUCAUAAAUCUACAGAGACAUCCACACUAAUUACGACUGUUGGAAACGAAGAAAACAUUUUUGAAAAUAAUACACCCGACAAUUCCAUUGAAACUAACCUGAGGAGUGCUUUUUUGAAUAUAUCACACCCCUACCUACCGAAUAAUGACUUGACCGAUAAUGUCACUAUCUGUCAGCUCCAAAACGCUACAGAAGUGUGCAAGAACAACAUUUCGACUCAAAUUAAUCACUCGACUGAAUCAAUUCAAUCACAUACUCUAGAUUCGUCAUUUACCAGUAACACUUCACAAAUUAAACAUAACUUGGACAGUAAUAGCACCAAUAAGACUUGCUCUCAUGAUAUACCAAAGUACUUAUGGAAUAAAAGACACUUCCUGUUUGAAAAAUUUGAUGACGGAAUUCUCUUGGACUAUGAAUCAUUUUAUUCCGUGUGCCCUGAAAUUUUGAGCAAGCAUAUUGCCAAGAGGUAUGAGGGUUACAAUGUAGCGAUGGACCCGUUUUGUGGCGCCGGAGAUAAUGUAAUUCAGUUAGCAAUGAAGUAUAAAAAAGUGAUCGCGAUCUCUAUCAAUGUCUAUUCACCCGAAGAAAUUGGAAUUUGCUAA